AUGGCCCCGAGCCCGCGGAUGCACAUGAAUCCUCCCGCACCGCAUCGUAUCCAGAACCGACCGGUGCUUGAGGCAGAACUGCUCAGAGCUCGCCUCCAGCUCGCACCCGUCCCAUCCACACUCGUGCGUCGGGCAGAAGUGCUGCCCACGCCUAUGCUGGUCGCACAUCUGAUGCCGGCACCCGUGCUCCUCGCAGAACCUGCCCCUCCCGACCAUCCUCCCCUUGUCGCAGCCGACGUCGACGCACUGGUGGUCGACGCAAUGGCAGCCCGCCAGCCUCUCCUUCUGGCACCCGUCCACCUGGCAGUAGUGCCGGCUGCAGAAGGGCGUCACCACGCCGCUCUCCCGCGAGUGGCAGAACAUGGUGCAGUGCGACGCCGACUUGCACCGCCUGUGCCUGUCGCAGAACCGCUUGGGGUCCGCGGGCCCCUCCCCGCCGCCGGCCACGCCGCACUGGCAGCUCUCGAAUCCGCAGCUCUUAACCUCUUGGCAAUCUUUGCUAGGGCACCGGUGGUCGGCGCAGUAUCGGAGGUCCUGGCCCUCGAGACAGGCGCGCCGCUUCUUACACUUGUCCGCGCAGCAGAGGUCUGCUCUGGCUGUUAG